AUGGCGCCCGCACCGCGCGGGGCCUGCGCCGCGCCAAGGACGGGGUUGCCGCCAGUCUCAUGCUCGGUGGAGCAAUGGGAGCACUUGGCAUCCUUGGCGGAAAAAGGCGCUGUGCUGUGCUGCCCCACGGCUGCCGCCUUCUUCGAGGGCUUGAAGCAGGGAUUGGGCUGGAAUGUCUAUGAGACACUGCUGGACUUCGAGGUCUACACGUUGGAGCUCCAGCGCCGUGAUCGUGCAGAGGCCAGACGAGGAGCAUCCUCCUCCUCCUCCUCCUCAAGUGAAAGUGACAGCAGUAGCAGUCUCGACGUGAACCUGUCCGAGACGCAGGAGGCUGGCAAGGUGACGGCCUUGGACUUGGAGACGCUGCUAGAGGGGAAGGACGGAGAGGAGGUAGGCCCUGAGCAGCCAAAGAAGCUGAAGACGGGUAGGUGCACAGGCUUCGCCAUGUCCGAAGCCGCAGGCGCGCGUGCGGUUGUGACGCAGACGGUGGAUCUCCCCGGCAUCCUUUACGGCUUCGGGGACUUCGACUGCGUCUUGAGGCUACAGCUGCCGAGCUUGGAGGUGUUGGUCUAUGACUCUGACGGCAGGCUGUGCCCGGUGGGGCUGAACUCCGUUGGCCUGGGCGUGUGCGUCUUCAACCUCCACGACAGGCAGACGGAAGGCUUCGAGCAAGCCUCCUUGAGCGUCCAGACGUUGGUGUGGGAGUUGCUGCUGGCCGGCCACACCUUGAGCUCUGCGCUUUCCUGGCUCCGAAGUCUGCCACUGCGGCCCAUGUGCGGCAGUGCCUUACUGCUGGCUGAUGAGACUGGGGUGGUCAACGUGGAGUUGAGUCCAGGCGGGCUGGUGAUUGGAGAAGUGCAGCGUGCAGCAGUGGUCUCAAGAGCCAAUCAUCCAAUGCUGGAGGAGUCUGAAGCCUCCUUCGGCGGCAACAAGCGCUCGCGCCGGGACUCGGAGCGGCGCCUGGAGGCGCUGCGUGUGGAGUUGAAGAGGCAGCAGGAGGCUGAUGCUUUCAAGCUCGACACUGAAGUGGCUCUUUCCGUUUUGAGGAGGGCCAAGAAGGUGAGGAACCUGUCCACCCUGGCCCUGGUGUCUAUGGACCCCUUGCAAGGCCAGUUGUCAGUGGAGUUCCGAGAGCGUCAGGAGGUGUCCGAGACGGAGGCGGCGCGCUUCGCGGUGGAGAUGGGCAUGGCGCCAAAGAUCCUGAAUCGCGCGCUGAACCAGGGUGGCCUUCAAAUGGAGACCAAGCGCCCGCGCAUGUCCACAGGGGAGACGGCGCUGCAUGUGACUCGAUGGGCCAAGCAUUCCAUUGAGCUGAGCGCCGGAAAAGGGAAGCGCACCGGUGAGUUGGGAGAACUGGGCGAGAAUGAGGCUUGGAGUGUUUAUGACGCUCUAGCUGCUGUGAGCCAGAGCUUUGUUGCAGUGCAGUAA